AUGAACGGGGAGUUUCUCGCCGCUAGACAACUACUAGGAGAAGCUAUUGACACCGCUAGACUCUCCAAUGACAGAGUCACCCUUCACCAUUGCACAAGCAUCCUACAUCGCCUCCCCCCUCUCGACGAGGCCCAAAAACCAAUUCUUCAAGAAGUUCAACCUGAUUUACACCCAUUUGAAAUUCUCUUUGACGUCAGCAAGCUGUUAAAUCCUGAAUCUGUAAGGAUGGUGUCACUCGAGCAACCAUUGAGCGCAUCAUUCAUUAAGAUUUUUCAAGCCAUUGGUCUUUAUGACCAUUGGCUUGAUGUCCAAUGCGCAGUACCCGUUGAAGAGCAACAAUGGGCGCAACACGCCGUACAAUCAAUUGUAUGGCGGGAAGCAGGUUGCAGCAAGCUAGCAGACAUAGAACAAAAUGUCGUGCUUGCAUUCACUGAACCCGGUGGACAAAAUUCAAACAGAAUGGCAGUUAGUUUGAACAAAUCUUACCAGAUAGCAAGGCAGGGCAACUACACUGCGGCUUUGGCAUCUUUGAUAGACCCCAAUGUCUGGCGAGGGCUAUAUAUCCAAGACUAUGCAAUUUGGGCACAUGCGAUUUGGGAUAUACUGGCACUUCGCGCAACUCGUCGAGGUCAAUUACGCUUAUACCGUGAACUUCUCAUUCCGCGCAGGCCUAACGGUCCCUUUAACCCGAAGGAAUAUUCUUACAAUGUAGAAUCAGAUAAGCUGACAAUAAUCAGAGAAUCAUUAUACCAAAUUUUGCAACUUAAACAACAAGACCAGGCGGUUAUGGGCAUUGACCAUUUACUCAGGGCUUUAUGGUAUUCAGAAUUUCUUUGUAGAUUCUCUCUCUACAGAACAGCUAUCAUCAUACUUGCUGAUAUCGGGCUGGAGUUUGGAUUGACGCAAAAAUCCCGCCGAAUUAUUGAGGAAAUCAUGCCGCAGGUGAUCAACGGCGAUGACAUAGAACAACGCGCUGUUGCUUGUUUUACACUUGCCCGAUGCAUUAUUGUAGCCGAGGGAUCUACCAGCGAAGCCCUUCAGCAGGCGCUGCCGUACCUUUCUCAAGCGGAGUAUGAUUUCAAAACACUGGAGAUGUACCGACCCCUACAGGAUGUGCAAUACAUGUUGUCCGUCGUCUACCAUAAUUUGGAUAUGCCUAUGCAAAGACAGGCUGCUGCUGAACGCCAUUUUGAAACGGAAGGUCUACAGAGGAGGUUGGAAAUGAUUGUGUCUGAUCCAGAGAUCCUUAAGAUAUUCGACCUGGUUGAAGUUGUUGGGUCUGCUUUGACAUCCAGUGCAAGGCGGGUCUCUCCACUCUUCACUCCCGUCUGCAUCCAGCUCCUUGUAUCCGCUGAUUGGAUUAUGGACGGGCCACCGCCCCAGGAAGAAGAUUUCACGACACUCCCGAUCUCUGAAAGACUUGCACACAAGAACUGGAAAGCACGCGUUAGUGCCUAUGAAUCCCUGAUCAAAACUUUUGGAAAUACUGCAUCGGAUACCGAUCCUGCAUUUAAACCGUACAUAAACAAUGUGGAUCUACUCAAGAAGUUUGCAACUGAUGCCAACGCAGUCGCCCAGGAGAAGGGUGUAGAGUGUCUUGUUGCUCUGGUAAAAUUCGCCGGAGAAUCAGCCGCGAAAACGCGAGAAGGAGUUGUACCUGCACUCGUGGAUAAGUGCUUAGGAUCUACACGUGUUGGGACCAAGAAUCAAGCUAUCGAGCUCGUCAUGCAAUAUGUUGAAGUUGAGAAUGGAGGCGCAGGGGUAGUGGCCGACCUACUUGUUGGUCUUUCAGCCAAACAACCAAAAGCCGUGGCUGGUUGCAUCUUGGCCUUAAAGGAGGUUGUGCGAAACUUUGGGGUUCAAGUUGUACCCUCCCCUCCAAUAUUGAAAGCCCUUCCAAAGAUUUUUGCUCACUCAGAUAAAACAGUUCGUGCCGAGGGUAGUAGUCUUACUACUGCCCUGUAUCAGUAUAUUGGUCCAGGUAUCGAACCUUGGUUGGCAGAGUUGAAGCCAGUGCAAGUCAAAGAGUUGAAGGAUUCAUUUGAGGCUUUGGAGAAGGAGGGAAAGGGCCACAAGACUUUAAAACCAGAGAAAUUGACUCGUGCUCAAUCCCGGGAAGUUGUCGAAGAAGGCGCAGAUGAAGCCCAGGAAGAACCAGAGGAUAUGGCACCUCCGGAUCCCCGCACCAUGGCCGAAGUUGUGGAUAUUACACCUAAAUUACCCGCCUCUUUGCAGACUAACUUGAAGUCAUCGAAAUGGAAAGAACGCAAGGAAGCACUGGACGAUCUUUCCACAUUACUAUCCGCUACGCCUAGAAUCAAAGAUGCUCCAGAGCUUGCAGAGUUGUCAAAAAUGCUUGCUGCAUGCGUUGCAAAGGACGCCAACAUUAAUUGCGUAAUUGUCGCAGCAACGUGUCUGACUGAACUUGCUAAAGGCAUUAUGUCUCCCUUCGCAAAGUACCGCGAACAUGUUGUGCCUCCGAUGCUGGAGCGUUUAAAGGAAAGAAAGGCCAACGUCACAGACGCAAUUGGUGCAGCCCUGGAUGCAGUAUUCGCUACAACUACGUUGGCAGAUUUAAUUCCAGAUUUGGAUGCCGCAUUCAAAUCUAAGAAUCCACAAGUCAAGGAAGGCACCUUGAAAUUCUUAGGCCGGUCUUUGGCUUCAGCGACGACCCCUAUUCCACCCGCUCAGAUAAAGCCUUUAGCAGACACGUUAGCUGUUUUACUAGAAGACGGAUACGAAGGUGCCCGUACAGAGGCUGCGGUUUGUUUUGGAACACUCAUGAAGAUGGUUGGAGAGCGCCCAUUAAAUGCCACGAUGGAAUCCAUUCCGGACCUACGGAAAGCAAAAAUCAAGGAAGCCUUCGAAGCUGCUACUGUCAAAUGUAAAGCAGGAGGAGCGCCACCUCGUGCCCCCGCUGCUGCUGCUGCUCCGGUCAAAAAGCCACCCACUGUAGCAAAACCUGCUCCCGUACCUAAACCUGUUGUUCAAGAAGAGGAACCUCCGCCGAAGAAAGUCGCACCACCUCCAAAACCAGCAGCCAAACCAGCACCCCCGAAACCCGCUGCUGCGCCUGCACCUAAGAAAGCUGCUCCAUCCAAUGCGACCUCAAAACCAGCAGCAAAACCCGGAGCACAAGUUGCAGCGGGAAACCUUGAUACCGUAAAGUAUAAACAUACUCCAGAAGAUGCAGAGGCACUUGCUGCUGAAUUGCUUCCAGGUCAGGUCCUGACCGACCUUGGAGAUGCCAACUGGAAGACAAGGUUGGCUGCUUUAGAAGAGUUAACCCCAUGGAUCGAAGCCGAAAUCCAGACAGUGGACGCUGAAGUAGUUGUGAGGGCUUUAGCAAAGAAAGGAUGGAACGAGAAGAAUUUCCAAGUAUCUGCGAAACUAUAUGGUAUUUUGGCAAUACUUGCCCAAGGAUGUCCCUCUUUUGGGAGGUCCUGUGUUGCACUUUCUGUUCCCCAUCUAACUGAAAAGUUGGGUGAUUUAAAACUGAAAAAGCCUGCCGGGGAUACACUUUUAGCUUUUGCAGAAAAGACAUCAUUGCAAUUUGUCUUUAGCCAAGCCUAUGAACCGCUAUCGAAGCAAAAGGCGCCCAAAACUUUGGCCGAUUCCAUUGGUUGGAUGAACACGGCGCUUAUAGACUUCGGCAUUGCCGGGCUUUCUCUUCGGGGUUUGAUAGACUUCCUGAAAGCUGCCUUGCAGAACUCCAAUGCUGCAGUGCGCACAAGUGCCACAAAGACGCUCGUUACUGUCAAAAUAUUCGCUGGAUCAAGUAUCAAGGACCUUAUCGAAGAUCUUAACCCCCAGCUUCUCAACACCAUCACUUCUGAAUUUGAUAAAGUCGAGGGUCAGAGUCCACCAGAACCAUGUAGGACUUCUGCAGACCUAGCCAACGCUGCCCCCGAAGCAUCCAAGGGUUCGAAAGCGGCGGCUUCGGAUCCUCUUGACGAUCUAUUCCCUCGAGUUGAUCUUGAUAGUUUGUUCAAGGGAACUACUAUCUUAGUCGACGCAAACAGUGCUGCGUGGAAGACAAAGAAAGAAGCCCUUGAAGCCUUGCAAGGAUUACUCGACCAGGGAAGCAAUAAACGGCUCAAACCCAGCAUGGGCGAAAUUGGGCAGAUUCUGAAGGCUAGAGUCACAGAUACAAACAAGGCCGUUCAAGUGUUGGCUCUCGACAUUGUAUCGAAGAUUGCAACGGGGAUGGGAAAACCCUUUGACAAGCACGCGCGACUUCUUGUUCUGCCUAUUUGUACUGCUCUUUCUGAUCAAAAGUCAAACAUCCGAGGCGCCGCAGUACAAACCUUGACGGCUAUCGCUACAGCAUGCGAAAGUCUUGAACCAAUGAUACCCGGUAUCACAACGGGAAUCGAGACCCCUAAUCCCCUGCAGAAAGCGACACUGCUUCAGUGGAUAGUCGAUUGGUUCAAAGAGAAUAGCGCUCCUAGUUCCCUUGAUCUACGGCCCUGGGCCCCAGCCAUAGUGGCUUCUUUGGAUGACCGCAGUGCCGACGUGAGAAAAGCGGCACAGGCUCUUCUCCCCUCCAUCAUUCAGUGUACAAGCUUUGACUUCGUUCUACAGCAAACCAAUUCCUUAAAACCAGCCUCGCGGAAUAGUGCUAUUCCUCUCAUAAAUGCCGCUCGCCCUGUCGUAUCAACAACAGAGCCCACCCCGAAGCCUGCUCCCGCUCCAAAAGCUGCAGCUGUCUCCAAAGUAUCUACUUCCCCUGAUCCUCCUCCUGCGAGUCCGGUUCCAGAUUCUCCAGUAGCACCAACCCCAACGGAAAGUAAACCGAGUAGCAAGUUAGGUGUGCGUCGCAAACUUCCUCAAGGUCUUAGCAGGCCAGAAUCUCGAGCCGAGAUUGUCGAGCCAGCAACUAGAGCCAUUCCCAAGAAACUCAUACCACCAACAUCGUCCAUGAAACAGGCAACUCAAGCUCCUCCCUCCACAGGACUGCCAUUCUCUAAUAUGAAUGUGGAAACCAAGAAAUCACGGCUAGGCAAAGACGCAAGCCGCUGGAUUAACGAAGGUGGCCCUACUAGAAAGGAUUUGGCCGAUGCCUUGCAAACCCAGAUGGAACCGCAUACAUCUCAAGAAGUCGUGGCGAAAUUGUUCAGUCAUGACCAUAAUGCUAUCAAUGACUACAUUGCUGGCUUGACUACUAUUGCGGAUUUCUACACGGGUGCUGUAGGGGGCGAUGAAAGCAUUGAGAAGUUAUGCAUUGCCAACCUCGAUCUUCCCCUCAAAUAUAUUUCCAUCAAGGCUCACGAACCACAACCCAACCUGAUCUCAAAAUGUUUAGAUGUGACAGAGGCGAUCCUAGCUUUUUUGCGCAGUGUCAAUUAUCAGUUGACGGACAACGAAGCCAUGUGCUUUGUACCAACUAUCAUUUUCAAGCUUGGAGAUGCCCGGGAGCAAGUUCGAUCGCGUACACAGCAGAUCAUCCGAACACUACCCACUGUUUAUGCAUACAGCCGAGUUUUCCAGCUGUUACUUGACCAUGGUCUGAAAGCCAAGGUAGCGAAGACACGUCAGGGUACUCUAGACGAGAUGUCUGCCAUUCUCAAGAAAUCUGGGAUGGGUGCCUGUGAGCCUGCAAAGGCUUUCCCUGCUAUUGCCUCCCUUCUAUCCGACAAAGAUCCUCAGGUUCGAAAGUCAACCCUGGGUACUUUGAGCGAAGCAUAUAUUCUUGUCGGAGAAAAAGUAUGGUCCCUCGUAGGCCCACUAUCUGCUAAAGACAAAACUCAACUGGAGGAAAGGUUACGCCGAGUGCCUGGACCAAGUUCUUCAAGUAAGACUGAGCCUGCAGCCAUUCCCGUGCCCGCCGUGUCCCGCAUAGCUGCUGCUGCUACCGCUGCUCCUAGGUCUGCCAGUCCAUCUCUUGCCUCUGUAUCUCGCCUUGCACGCCCUGCAUCUCCUGCCAACCCUCUCAGAUCAGCAUCCCCCGCAUUGUCUCGACCGGACUCCCCUAGUCGACGGGAACCAACCUCCACUAUUUCUGCUUCCUCCGCGGCUGCCGCUCCUCCGCCAUCGUCUCCUGCGAAGUCUAGACCUCGGAGUAUGCUACCAUCACGACUUGGUCGUCCCCGUCCUGUUGUUACCCAGCCUCCAGCAACUAUGCAAAUUCGUGAAGAGGUUAAUUCGAUACCAAUACCGUCCAUCCGUGAUGAAGUCCCAGCCGACCACGCUGCAUCAUCCCCUCCCGUGUCACGAUUGCGACCACAACCUACCCCAGUUGAAGAAACCGUUCGUAACGAUGCACCUGAUGAUAUUGUUCUCGUUAUUUCGACUAUCAUGAGCAGUGAUCCGUCACGUAGUGUUGACGCUCUGAAGAAGAUCCAGAAAAUUCUUGCUGAAGGACCAGAAAAGGGUCCAUCAUUACCCCAAUACCGCGAGUUGGCUGAGCACACCGAAGGUCUCAUCGAGACCAUCACUUUGCAGAUGGCACAUAUUUUUGAACAUCCCAAAGAUUUGGUUUUGGAUGAGAAUUUCCGUUUGGCCAAGCAUUUGAUACAAACCCUCAAUAAUUUUUGCGACCAUACCUUCUUAGCCGAGUCGUUGACUGUCGAUAUCGUCACUGCCCUCUUAGAAGAGCUGACCCUCAGAUUGCUUGAAACCGACGACAGCUCUGUGAAGAAGGUGAAAGACUUGUCCCGAUUCAUCAACAUGAUCAUUUUGCGUUUGUUUGCGACUGGGAGGCGAAUGACAAUAUUCCGCAACGGCGUCCUUCCUGAUUCCAAGGAGGCAAAAGUUGCAGAGUUGGUUUUGAAAUGUGUUUGGAAGCUCGCUAGAAAUAUUCCUCAGGAUCUUGCAGAGUCAUUCUUAGACCCUGUGGAAUUAUUCCCGGCCAUCGAGCAUUUCCUGCAAUCCAUACCACCGAAUGAAUGGCGGGCGCGUGCAACAAAUAAAGUGCCAUGUGGUGAUAUGCCUUUGAGAACCAUUAAAGUCAUAAUUCAGCAUGUAGUUGCACAUUACGGUGACGAUGUUUACGAGUUACUAUCCGCUUCGUUCGAAGACCCAUCGGCAACAAUCGUUUAUCCAUACGUCUACAGGAUUUUAAAUUCAAAUUCUCGAACCAAUGCCGAAAGCCAGCCACUUCGACGCAAUGGGAUGGCGGAAUCCUAUGCGACCCCAGCUUCGCCUGGGUCAAGCCGCCCAAUGUCUCCCCAUGAAACAGCAUCAUCGGUCCACUCGCAUCACCGCCCUAGCAGCCAUCGGACUAGCCCGACUUCUUCAGCAAAUGGUGGGAAUGGACUGUACUCGCCCAACGUGGAAGAGCCUGAUCCAGACGCCCAGCUGCUAGUCAUCAUUGGUCAUAUCUCGAGUGAAACGACGGGUGCACUACAUAAAGAAGGAAUUACUGAAUUGCAUCACUUCCUGAAGGCAUAUCCUCACAAAAAGCCUCGAGUAGACAAACUUUUGGAGAACACAGGGGCAGCGUUUAGAAAAUAUAUCAAUCGUGCGCUUGCCAGCCGGGCGGCUGAGGAUCAAGAGCGAAAUGUCGCAGUAGCUGAUACUCUGUCAAAACUAGAGUACAAUAGCUCAGAGUCCAAACCUUCGGACAAUGCUGCUAUAGGGUCACCAGAAGUCACUUCGAGAACACCUGUUCGCACAAGUGCACUGGACGGUUCAGAUCAACAAGAGAGGCUGUCGAGGCUACAUGAUAUUUUCCAGUACCGAUCAAGCACCAUAAGCUCAGGAUCCUCGCAUGGGAGAUCUCCUUCAAAUGGUGUACGGACUUCUAUGAGCUAG